GCAAUAGGAUAAAAUGGCUUCAAGUGCAAAUGAGGAUGUUAAAGGUUCCACUGGCGAUGAAGGACAUAAUUCAGAAACUAAAGAUGAAGAGAAGAAAGAUGACUCUAUAUUUGAGUGCAAUAUUUGUUUAGAUACUGCCAGGGAUGCAGUUGUCAGUUUGUGUGGCCACUUAUUCUGUUGGCCUUGUUUACAUCAGUGGCUAGAAACCAGACCAAAUAGACAAGUAUGUCCAGUGUGCAAAGCAGCAAUCAGCAAGGAAAAGGUAGUUCCAUUAUAUGGAAGAGGCAGUACUAAACAAGAAGAUCCCAGGGAAAAAGUUCCACCUAGACCAGCAGGUCAAAGAACUGAACCAGAACCUGGAACUAGCUUCCCUGGAUUUGGGUUUGGAGAUAACAGUUUUCAUAUGUCCUUUGGCAUAGGAGCAUUUCCAUUUGGGUUUUUCACAUCAACCUUCAAUUUUGGUGACCCAAGACCAGCAGCUGCUGCUCAUGGAACACAUCAACAUAUGGAAGAACAAUUCCUUUCAAAAAUAUUCCUUUGGUUGGCUAUUUUAUUCUUGACAUGGCUACUAAUGGCUUAAAAUAUCAAGAUUUGCCUCAUAAUACUGUUUAUUUUAUGAGCAAAAAAAUAUGUAUACCUAGACAGAGGUGGAGGGCAAUAUCACCUGAACAUCCACAUAGUGCAAAGUAAAAAAAAUAUCUGAGAUCACAGAAUUGUGAUUUCAAGACUAUAUGAAUUUCAAUGGAGAAAUGGUCUAGCCAAAGGUUGGAUGUUUAUAAUUAAAUGUUUUGAUUUACCAUUAUUUAAAGUUUGUGUAAGAUCUAUUUUCUUAUGUCCCAUUCAUGAGUUCUUAGAAGAAGAAAAUUCAAAAGAAAACAUUAUAGGCUAUGUAAAUAUUCAAUUUAUUCUUCAUAUCUGUAUAUAGAUGUAAUAAUGGAAGAAUAAAAUUAUAUCCUAAUCAUCUUAUUUGGAUUUUGCUUGACACCUUC